UGCAAUUAGCACAUUCAAUUGAUUACUUUUAGAGCUGUGUCUUCUUCAACUAGUCAUUAUCAAGCUGAUAUCGCUGCCAGACAAAUAACCAGUUAUGGAUCCAGCCUUAGCAUUUGAGCAAUCGAUAAUUUCUAGAAACCAAUUUUUGUUCGAAAAUGUACAUCGUGACAAAUCCACGAUACAACGGUUCUAUGGUGGUCGAGUUAUUUUUAUUACGGGAGGAUCUGGUUUUAUGGGCAAAUUGCUUAUAGAAAAAUUAUUCAGAACAUGUGAAAUCAAAAAAAUGUAUGUAAUGGUGCGACCAAAGAAACAAUCAAUGCCAUGUGAAAGACUUGCAAAGACAGUCGAAGAUCCUGUGUUCGACGGUUUGAAAAAAAUGCAACCGAAUUUCAUUCAUAAAAUAGAAGCAAUAGAAGGGGAUAUUGCUGAUAUACGUUUAGGUAUUAGCGAGAACAACUGGAAUAGAUUGAUCGAAGAAGUAGAUCUAAUAUUCCAUAUGGCAGCCGUAGUCAAAUUUGAUGCACCGUUGAAGUCGACUGUACUGUCGAAUGUACGUGGGACACGGGAAGCGAUUCGUUUGGGAAAAUGUUGCAAAUUGCUACGUAGUUUUGUAUAUGUUUCGACAGCUUAUAGUCACGCAACUCGAAGUCGUAUUGGAACUGAGAUAUCGGAAGAUUUUCACCAGAGUCCAGCCUCUCCUGAUGCACUUAUUCAACUUGUUGAAACUCUCGACGAAGACAAGCUCAAAGAAGUGACACCCGCUUUAAUCAAGGAUUGGCCUAAUACUUACUCAUUUUCAAAAGCUGUCGCUGAAGAAAUGAUACGUAUUACGGCUGGAGACUUGCCGAUUUGCGUCGUAAAACCAGCUAUUGUUAUUCCUACUAACCGUGAGCCAGUCCCAGGCUGGAUUGACAUGAAUUGUGUCUUUGGUCCAAGUGGACUACUUAUUGGAAUGGGGUUAGGUCUACUGCACGUAUUCUUCGCGGAUGUUAACAUUAGAGUUAAUAUUGUGCCGGGUGACAUUGCCACCAAUGCGGUAAUCGCAACGGGAUGGGAGACGGCAAGGCGGUUUUCUGCCGGCGACAAGGAGAUCAAAGUGUACGCGGUCAGCAACGUAAGAAAUCCGGUAAAAUGGGGUACAAUUGGAGACUUUUUCCGCGGCGAAGCUAAAAAAUUUAUGUCUCCAUUAGUCACUUACUAUCCGUGGGGCGUCGAGACUAAGUCGAAAUUCAUGUUCUUUAUUUAUUCCUGGCUCUUCCACUUCAUACCGGCUUAUGUUAUUGACUUCAUUUGUAUGUUGAUUGGAAAACCAAGAAGAUUCGUAAAGCUCUAUGAAAAAGUUUACAAAAUGUCAGCAGUCUUCAGUUAUUUUAACUGCAAUGAAUGGACGUUUAAUGAUAAUAACCUACGGGAUUUACAUUUAGCAAUGAAUGAAGAUGAUAAAGAGAUUUUCAAUAUUGAUUUAUCUGAUAUCGAUUGGUUUGAUCAAAUGAACAUUUGGAUAAUUGGCCUUCGUAAAUAUAUUGUCAAGGACGGUCUCACUGGAACAGACUACGCCUUAAAGAAAUAUUUCUUACUGAGAUUGGGCCACUACAUUUUGACAAUUCUUUGUCUAUACUCUUUAUGGAAAACUUCGGCUUAUGUAUUUUAUUCCUUGAGUUCAUUUUUUUAGAACUAAAUUUUUAUU